GUAAGGGACAGGAUCGGUGAGCAAGAUGAUCUCCGUUGGGGAGGGAGAAUUGACGCCUUGCGUCUCCGUUGUCUCUAUUUGACUCAGAGCUACGGGGUUCUGGCAACGUCCCUCGAAGAAUUAUGGGGCAAGGCCUGCAGGCUGCAGCAUCACUUUUCUCUGAUUUGUCUCGCAUUGCUGUCGCCCAACGAAGGAACUUUUCAUUGGACCCCUGGCUUGCCCUUCUGAGGUCAAUUUGCAGGAUUUCGAAAGGGAAGGGGGAAAAAAAUAAAAAAAAAAAAGGAAAAACGGCUUGGAUAUGUGUUCGAAGCGGAUACUCCCUGCCCUGGCAACCACACAUAUGGCCUGUUGGCAGCCCUGCCAACAGGCCACAAGAUCUUUGUGUCGACCAGAUUGCAUCUGCCUAUUUUAAUUUGCUCCCUGACUAAUGCAAUACCAAUGGACGGGAGCGAAUGUAGAGCGAUCUCGACAACCUGGGAUUGCUGCCCAAUCUGCGCCCAGGAACAAAGGCGAUUGGGCCUGACUCCCAAACGCUUUACAUGCAGAACCGCUUUCCCUUGGAACUUGGAAGACCGACUGUAUCAGUACUCCCCAGCCGACUUUAUUGACGUGUGAAAUUACGUUUCCGCGAAUUAAAAAAAAGGAGGCGAGGAAAAUAAUGCAAUCGUGAAGCCAGAUUUGGUCGGGUGCAUUCUUCCUCCAUUGAAUUCGCUGUUCUGCAUGGACUAUUUAUUUUUCUUUCUCAGCCAUACUAUUCGAUCCAUAGUAUUCCGUUCCUCAAAAGAAAAUAGCAACUUAUUACUUGCUCUUGUUUCCCACCCUCCAUUGCCCUUUUUUUUGCUUCCAACGAAACACCGCUCACACUCUCCUUCUCUCGUCGAUGCAGCUCGCAUUGGCCUGGUUUUGAGUGCCUAAUUUUCUUUCUGUACUCUGUACACUUUGUAUUAUUCUCAGUUCUCUUACUGAAACCUGAUUGCUCCACGCCAUACCAUCAUUCGCAACCCCGUUUGUCAAAUAGUUGUUUGCGCCCUCUUAGCCUUCCGUCCGAAUUUGAACUUCUUCCCACCUACUUUUGCAAUCCGCCUUAUUGCGUGUCUCCCCUCGGACAUCGAGAGACCAGGAUCUCAAUUCUUCCUAUCGCCACAAACGCUAUAUUUUCAAAUCAAGAAACAUCCUUUUCCCCCGUGCUUUCACUGGGGACACGUUUCAAGACUCUGACUCCCACUCUUAGCAUUCAAGUACUUCAUCAUCUUCUGCCACAAUGCCUCCCAAAAGAAAUAAAAAAGGAAAGGAUAAGGAUAAGGGAGAGAAAGUAAAUCAAGGCAAAAAGAACUCGAAGAAACAAAAGCCCCAAGAACAAGAACAACAACAACAAGCCGAAGAGCAGCAACAAGUGCAACCACCUGAACAGCCCGACCAUCAGCAAGAUCCAUCAGAACAACUACAAGAGCAACAGGGUCAAGAUCACAUAUCUGACUCGCCUGCGGCUGAAAUUCCAAGUGACAUCCCCCCUUCAGCCUCUUCCCUCGCAUCACCGAAUCCCGAUACUCAAGUCUCUCCUGCAGUAGAGACGUUACCGGAGCCCAUUUCUCCUGCCUCCCCAGUACCACUACAGGAGGAUUCUCUAAAUCCAACCCAGGAUCACGUCGAAGACUCUGGUGUGGACCAAGAAAGCGAGAAAGCCGUAGCGGAGCCUACGACCAACCCGCAGGAAGAGUCCGAGCCCGUUCCUGAACAGGAACUAGAGAAAGAGCUUGAGAAGGACCUUGGGGAGCAAAUUGAGAAGGAACUUGAGAAACACAUUGAGAUAGUACCUGAGGAAAAGACCUUGGAGGAACUUGAGAAAGAGCUCGAGAAGGAACCAGAAAAGGAACCCGAGAAGGGGCUCGAGAGAGAGAUCGAGAAAGGUCCUGAGAACGAACCUGAGAAGGAACCUGAGAGGGAUUUUGGCCAUCAACCUGAGGCAGACUUAGCCGAAGCACUUGAGGGACAACUUGAACACGACUUUGACAAAGAAAACGGAAAAGAAACCGAGGACAAAGCACAAGAAGAACUGGAGUAUCAGCCUUCCCCAAAAGUUCUGAGUCCGGCAUUGUGCGAAGUCCCUCCAGCGCCUGUUCAAAAAGCCGAGCCAAAUCUUGUCAAUGUAUCCGAUAGCCUUGAUAAGUCCGCGGAGUCAGUGUCAACUCCUCCAGAAAUAGUCCCCAAAACGCAAAGGCCGCCUCCGGUAGCGGAGUUUCCAGCCGCUUCGCCUAUAUUGUCUUCAGCGAGACCGAAAACAACUUCUUCACCUGUAUACGGGUACUCACAGUCUCGGUCACCCGCACCCGUUCAUUCACCGCAUUACACCUACAGUGUUCCGUAUACUCAUCCCUACGCACCAUCUCCGAUAUACGCCAACGGAUCUUUGCACGAUCUUCAUUCCAGCGGACCAAUGGCGGUAUCCGGUCCACCCCACUGUUCUCCCGCACCGCGCCCGUCCGCGCUGGACGGGUAUCAUUCCAGAAUGGCCAGCCGCGGGUCCUUCGGCCGUGGUCACCCUGAUUAUCCGUUUAACUUGUCAUACCACCAACCAAAACAACGGCCAUCUACACCAACACAACAAAAGCCCGUUGAGAACGGCAACUCCGAAUCGCUACCCAUCGAAGGUGAUACCAUCAAGCUUCUCCAACGGAUUCAAAACGUUAUUCCCGAUAUUAACAGGCUUGUAACAAGCUACCGCGAUACACAAAAUCAACUGUCUUCCCAUGUCGCCCAAAGCAAGCAGAUCGAGGAGCAACAUGAGCGGUCGUUGAUGGAAAAAGAGUUCUAUAUUGAUGCUCUGCAAGCGCAGAUCCAGAAAACAGCGAAGGAAAAUGCCGCUGAGUCUGCGAAGUUGAGAAACAGAAUUUCUGAGCUCAGAAUGGAGCUUGGUGGUCUGCAGGAACAGCACCGUGAUGUUGCAGACAGCUUGGAAGAGCUCAAGAAAGCUAACGAUGAACUCACUCUAGUCCGAUCCAGCCUGGAGCAGCAAAUCGCUAAUCUCCAACGGACUAUGCAAGAUGAGAAGGCUAGCCAUCUACAAGAAUUAAAACGUCGGGAGAUGCUCAAAUCAGACGCCCUCGCUGCCCAGAAAGAGGAGCUUCAAGGGCACUUCCAAGAAAUGAAGAAGAAAGACGACCAAGCCGCAGCCGAAAAGCUACGCGCUCGUGAGGAGGAGUUGUAUGGCGAACGAGACCAACUUAAGGCAGAAUGGGAGCAGCAAAUGGCUGCUCUCAACAAGUCCAAAGAUGACAUGGCCGCUGAGUAUGAAGGCAAGUUGGACACCAAGAAAACCGAGCUGGAAACUAAGCAGGGUGAAUUGGACGCGAAGCAAGCCGAACUCCAGGCCAAACAAAGUGAACUGGAUGCCCGACAGGAAGAACUUAACGCGACGAAAUCCGACCUGGAAGCGAAACAGGCUGAGCUAGUAGACAGGCAGAAAGAACUUGAAGAGAAGCAAAGCGAAGUCGAGGCAAAGCAGGAAGAGAUCAACCGUUUGAAGUCCGAGCUUGAAUCGAAGAUUGCCGAAUUAGAAGACAAACGUCGCGAACUCGAGCAGAAACAGGGCGAGCUCGAGUCCAAACAGACAGAGCUACAGGCCAUUCAGGACGAACUCCAGGAAGUCAAAGCGGAACUCGAAGAAAAGAAAUCGCAGCUGGAAUCCAAGCAAGCUGAUCUCGACAAAAAGCAAGAAGAACUUACUGCGAAGCAGGCGGAGCUCGACGAUGUGAAAGAGAAGCAUGCUGCUGAGCUUGCGGCGUUGAGGGCGCAAUUAGAAGAGCAGACAAAUGCGACCAAAGAGCGCGAUGAAAAGAUCGAAGCUAUGACAACCGAACAUCAGCAGAAAGAAGAACAAUGGCAGAAGGACCGUGGAGACUUUGAAGCGCAGCUUCAAGAGAAAACGGAAGAAUUGAAAGUGGCUCUUGAGGAGAAGGAGGCGCUCGCUGUUGACGGAAAGAAUAGGGAAGAACGGCUUCAAAGCAUCGUAGAAGAGAUGCGGCAGACACAUGAUAAUUUGAAUAAGGAUCGUGAGAGGCUCAAGAAGACACUGCAUAGUUUGGGGGAGGCGACAGAUAUGAAGAUUAAGGGUGACGCUUUCUUCGUUGACUGCUUCGGUGAACUGUCUCGCCUCAUCGUUGAUCUCUCGAAAGAAUUUUUCGCAUAUAUCCCCAUUGAGCCGCCCGCCGAUAUUUUGGCGAAAAUACCCUCCGACCUUCCCCCCUUCCUGGAUAACACCCCGGCGUCACGCGAACUUCGGUCUGCCUACGUCCAACAUGUGAUCUCCAAAACGUUGACGUAUCGAAUCUUCCAGCCAUUCUUGUUCACCCUCGGCCGCAGAUAUGAUAAAGCGGAUACCUUCUUCCAAGUGUUGUCGAUGGACAUUCGUCGCAAGUCUGUCCGCCGUGAAGCGUUCUGGAGACAGCAGACAUUAAGAGCCGCCUACACUGCUUCUGACGCAAAACAAGCAAUUAACGUUGUGGCCGCUGUCAUCGUCGACGAGAUCGUGGACCACAUUCGCCACUUUACCGAUCCUAAACAUCUCGAUGCCCUUAUCACCAGUGUUCGAAAGAUUGUCAAAUUGGCCGCAGAGACAUGGCGCCUUGCUCGUGUCGAGAGAGAAUUGAUCGUGGCCUCCAUGCCGUCCGCCGACGAUGAGCAAGCCGCCAACGACUUGUGGGAAGAAUUCAUCUACGACCAAUCUUCAGCGAAGGCUAAGGAAUCCGGUGGACCCAAAGUCCCACUCCUUCGAAUGCUUCCCCGCAUUCACCGCGAGCCAGUACAUGAGGACUUCCUCCAGCCAGAGGAGGCCGAGAAGGCCAAUCCAUGUGUUUACCUGCCUGGCGUGAUUCUCUACACUGACUCCCCGUCCGUCAUCGCGAGAAGGGAAGAGAUUUCCAGGAAGACCGCAGACCCGUCGGCCCCCGCUGACGGGGCCGGAGAAACGAAUGGUGCUGAGAACCAAACCAAUGGCGAAGCCGAGGCGAAAGCAGACGCGUGAAAACGCCGGCAUCGAUAGAGGGGUUUAAAACUCCACCGCCGGUAUAAUGACUUAAAAGAUGCAAGAAUGUUUCAGUCUGUUGUUUUGAUGCUACAGCGGUGCAUAGCCAUGGGCGUCCUUUGGGAUGUAAGGUUACUGGAAGGGAUACUAUAUGCAUGAGAAAGAAUUAUUAUUUUUUUUUUCC